GCAGAGCUCUAGCUGUAGGUUAGAGAGGUCUGUGUACAGACCGGUACUACCGUUUCGAAACUGACACCCAGUGGGCCGCAGAGAUUUUCGGGGAGCCCUAGGUCGGUGAAACAAACAUGGGGAACGCAGAGAGUGGCUGUGGUGGGGGCAGCGGCGACGAGGAAGACAUAGAAACGGAGAGCCCCGGCUUCGCGGAAGACAGUCCGGCCUCUGCGGCCACGGCCGUCGGUGUCGGAGGCGGUGGAGGCAGCUCCGGUUCUGGGAGGAGCGGAAGGGGGUCGAAUAACCCGCCCGUGCCCGCCGGUGGACCACCUAGCCCCGGGAUACUGUUGGAGCAAGUGAAACUGAGAGAAGCAGCGGCUCGCAUUAGCGACUCAGGUGUCGCCAUUCAGGAGUCUGUACUGGCCGGGAACGAGGGUGUCCUGGUUCGGUGGCUCGAGGACCGAUUGAACCGAGGGGAAGAGUCUGUCAAUGUGGAACAAUUUUGCGAGAUGUUGGAGAGCAGAGAUGCCCCACGAGAUGAAUGUGAAGAGGCCUUUGGACAGUUUGAUGCAGAGGGGGAUGGUGUGGUGGAUGUAGAGAGCAUGCUGAUUGCCUUGAAGAACUCCAAUGGAGCUAAUCUAAAGGGAGAGCUGAGUCAUGUGAUAAGACAGCUACAGGCGUGCUCCUUAACUCCAGGUUUUGUGGACAUCUUCUCCAAGACCAAAGACCGGUUAGGGGCACAUGCCUCUAAGAUCCUUAAGUUCUUACACAGGAAUCGUAUUCCCAGCAGUGCCAUCCCCUUCCCCAUCUUAGAGGGCUACAACAGUAUCUGCACCAUGAGGUCCAGUGUGGUUCAGGACUUCUUGGAAUUCCUCUUGCAGAAGGAAAAAGAUUUAGAUAUUCAGUACAGAGCAGAGCUGGACCGCGAUCCGGAUGUGGAUAAAGUCAAGGUGGUAACGCAGUGCUACAGCUCAAUAGAAGCUUCAUCCAAUGUUCCGGACGUUUACAAGAUGACAAAUGGGGAUACUGGAUCUUUUUGGCAGUCGGACGGCAGUGCACGCUCACACUGGAUAAGAUUGAAGAUGAAACCUGAUGUGGUUUUGAGACGUCUGGCCAUUGCCGUGGUUUCAAACGACCACAGCUACAUGCCUCAGCUGGUCUCAGUGGCCGUCGGGAAGAACCGGCGUUCGCUGCAGGAGAUCAGAGAUAUCCGCAUCCCCAGCAAUGUCACAGGCUACGUAGCUCUCUUGGAGAAUGCCAACAUCACACACCCCUACAUCCAAAUCAACAUUAAGCGGUGUUUGAGCGAUGGAUGUGACACGCGCAUUCAUGGUUUGAAGACACUGGGCUAUCAGAUUACCAAGAGUAAAGAGGUGUCUGUUUCCGAUGCUUCAGCCAUCUGGUACUUGUCUCUCCUCACCUCCUUGGUCACCGCAUCCAUGGACACUAACCCUGCACUCGCUCAGACUGUCCUACAGAGCACACAAAAAGCCUUACGGCACAUGCCACCGUUGUCCCUAACACCAUCAUCCACUGAGUUCCCCAAGUUCUUCUCUCUGAACAUCCUGGAGGAAGUGGAUGGAUUUCUCCUCAGGAUAGCAGACUGCUGUGUGAGUCCUGAUGCAGAAUUGACCCUCUUGGCCUUUGCUCUGGCCAGAGGCAGUGUGGCAAAAGUGCUCCAAGCCCUGUCCUGCAUCAGCGAUCAUUUAGAGACGGAGUAUACGGCCGGCGCCCUCAUCGUGUCUAUGGCCUCAGUGAGACUGCGACUACUUAAUCGCAAUGGGAAGCCCCUCCAGUUGCACCUGCAGGCCUGCGAUGUGAAGAGUAAGGAGGAGAAGUCAGGACCAGACAACAUGCUGACAGAAACCUCCACUGGAGACGGUUUUCUAUCCGAAAGCGGCAGGAAGAGAGCCAGUGUGAUCCUGUCGACAGAGGACCAGAGUAACUUCCAGGUCACUCAGAUGAAGAUCAAAGUGCGGAAAGGAGCCAUUGGAGCAAAAUGCGGCUUGGUGUUUGCAUACAAGGAAGACAACCCUUUUGAUGCAGAGAAACAUUUCAAGAGGUUCAAGAAGUAUGACUCGUGGGUUUACAAGGACUACAAAGAGUUUGUGCAAGACAAUGUGAAGAUGCCAACACAGUCAGAGGACGAGCCGAUUGGCUGGUUUGAGCUGGAAGAAGACUGGAAUGAUGUUGAGAUCAAGCUGCAGCAGUGUCGUGUUGCAAAGUUCCUGAUGGUGAAGUUCCUCGGCACCAGGCAGGACUCUGCAGAGCGCCUUGGCGUUCAGUCGCUCAGCUUCAGUGGGUAUCUGUGCCCGGGCCCGGAGAGGCUGGCAGACCUGGACGACCUCAGCCCGGAGGGAGAGAGCUUCGACUCUGAUGUCGUCACUGGCCUUUGUCUGCUUAACAAGACAUUAUACUUCAUUCAACAGCUCACACGAGAAAUGGAUGCCUCUCACUUCAAGCAGAAGUAUCUUCUGGACUUCAGCGGUCUUGGCCUGAACCUCUUUUGGGACUUCUACAGUAAACUCAGGGAGAUUGAGGGAGAGGAGGUGUUGAAGAGCAGAGUCCUGCUGCUUCAAUUGAUGCAGAACUGUUUCCCCAUGCUGCCCAACCCAUUGGAGCCCCGGGGCCCAGAGGAGAGCAGGGCUUCAGAGGAGGGGGCCACAGCAGCAGUGGCUGUUCCUUCCACGUCCAGCAGUGUGGAGCCCCCGCCUGACUCUGUUAGGGCUGUCUGUGAACUCUACACCCACAUCUGCCACAUUGUGGAUGGUGCAAAGGGCGGGUCUUUAGUGGAAAAAGCUUUGCACAAGGAAGCAGUCAAGGCCAUUCUUAAUGGAGCGGCUGUUUUCUUCCCGGAUAAACACGUCAGAAGGGACAAACUAUUCGACAUGAUGAAAAACAUUACCGAACAGGAUCAGCCAGAGUCAGUGAAGGUGACAUUUGAAUCGCUUUGCAAUUACUUCAGUGACCAGGAUCCAAGUGGCCUUCUCCUGCUCCCCCCUAAAGGGGCUCCCUCAGACUUUGACAUCAGCCCCAUACUGUCAGUAAUGGAGACGUUGCUGCUGGUGGCAACGAGAGAGUGUGAGGUGAUGAUGGUGGAUGAGAACAGUGGAGCCAGCAGGAUGGUGUUGCUGUCCUUGUUUUGGGCUCUGCAGGGUAGUCUGCUCUCCUGGUGCUACCUGCAACUCAAAGGAGGAGCCUCCACCGCCAUCUCUAAGGAGCUGGCCAGAGACAUCCUACUGAAAUAUGUGGAUCAGUUCCUGGAGAGCAUCAAAGGUGUGCUUGGUUCCCUGCUGGGGAGGUACACUGGUGCUGAGAUCACUGACAAACUGGGCAGCUCCAUCCUGGCCACGGUCUUCCGACAAAUGAUGAUUUUACUCCUGGAGCUGUGCUCUCUGGACAUCCCUCACAGCGUGCUGCUGAAGAGCUUCUCCUCUCUUGUGGAGCUACUCAAGAGCCUGUCCAGUGACACCGGAGACAUCUUCUCUAAGGUGGAUCAGGACAGCUGGCACCAGCCCCAGCAGCCGGUGGUCCUAAGGACCUGGAACAUGGAGUCCCCUCACAACUACGAGAACAGCCGCCAUGAGACCAGCAUCUUCGCCUGCCCUGGUGCUACAUCCUUUGAGGUGGAGUUUGACAAACGCUGUGAGACAGAGAAGAGAUACGACUACCUAGAAUUCACCGAUUCUAGAGGAGGGAAGGUCCGCUAUGACAUGAAGGUUGGAAGUGAGAAGUGGCCAAAGAAAGUGACAUUUGACGCUGGCCCUCAGCUCCAGUUCCUCUUCCACUCUGAUAGCAGUAAUAACGAGUGGGGGUACAAGUUCACUGUGACGGCCAUGGGCCUGCCAGAUAUCACCAUUUCAUGGAUGUCAGACCUGCAGCUGCUGGUGGCUCGCCUCAUGGGUCGCCUCGCUUCCAGGACCCUCGCCCUGAAAUCCCCCCAUGAGAUCCGCACAGUUAAGGAGCUUCCAUCUGGUAAAAUGUCCCAUGUUCAGUCUUCUCCUUUAUGGAAACCCAUUCUGCGACACGGCUUGUGUGAAACAAGGGAAACUACUCAGGCUAAGACCCCCACAGACCAGACAAAUGCAUGGACUCUGGACGAGUUGAUGAGCUUCCUGGAGGACCUCGCCCGCUGGAACCCUUCUCUGGAGCCCACAAACUGUAGAACAAAGCUGAUGAAGACCCUCAUGCAAUCCUGCAGAAAACAGCCAUUGAGGAACGAGAUUGCCUCUGGGUUGAAGACAGACCAAGCUGUGAAUGCCAUUUGGGCCGCCAUGGUAUACCACACACCAGCCCUCAACCAUGCCCUGAGGAACUAUGUUAAUCAAGACUGCAAGUCCUGUCUGAGCGAAGAAUUUGUGCAGGCGUACGCAUUUGCAGACAGCAUCAGAACAUGGAUGUUGGAGAUGAAACAGAGAUACCUGGUCAGCAAAAUGAAUGUCUCUGACGAUAAAGAAGGGGGUAAUGAUGAGGUUAACAUGGAGACACUAGCCGAGAUGUGCAUUGAGAAGAGCCUGUUGCUCUUCAGAUUCACUCCCUGCGGAGUCCCAUACCAGGAAAACGACUCUUCCAGAGCUGCAGAGGGCAGCAGUGCUCCACUGUUCCGCUCCUGUUCCAUCUCAGAAGCAGACUUCCAGGCCAGCUCGUCUCAGGGACCUCAGGCUGCGGGGUCUGAGGAGGGGGUCGAUGCCAGGGCCGGACAGAGCCAGCCCCCCGGUGCUCCGGCACAAAGCUCAUCAUCGUGUGGGCACGGCCGACAGGGCCACAUAGGCUCCACAGAGAGCCUCUCCUCCCAGUCAGGGGAGCCAGCCUCCCCCUCUGCUGUCCCCCGUAAAGCCCCAUUCAGCCGGGCACGCCUGCGCCUCCUGUCCUGUCGAUCGAUAGAAGAGCCCCGUAUGACCCCCUCUAUCAAGGAUCGCUACCCAAUAAUCAAACACAUCCUGAACUUUAUAAAGGACCAGGCUCUCACAACAGCAAGCAUUCUGCAGACCCUGUCCCUGAGCAAAGCCCAGGCUGUGAGUGUGUGCAAAGUCCUGGAGAUGGUUCAGCAGUGUUUGCAUUCUCUCGGAAAGCCACACCUCUUCCAGGCUCCCUGCAUCCUGUUCCUACAGGAGCUGCUGGCAUGCCAGAAAGACUUCACCAGUUAUUUCUCUCAGUUGUCAGACAGCGGGCAGAAGCUCGGAGAGGAGGUGAGGCGUUCCUACCAUCAGCUGGUGCUCAUGCUGGUGGACGCAGUACAAGGCUUCAGUAGCCUCAAUGAGAAAGCCCUGCUCCCCGCCCUGUCCUGUGUGCAGACCGUCUUGCUGCACCUUUUGGACAUGAGCUGGGAGGUUCACGACCUUCCUCUCUUCCUGGAUAUAAAGCUACCGGACCUCCUGCUCAGCAUGUCCCAGGAGAACAUCAGUGUUCAUGACAUCGCUAUCAGUCAAUGGACAGAGGAGGAUGAAAUCGCAGACUACAAGAAGAACCAGGAGUGGAUGGAUGAGUGCAUGGACGGGAUGUUUGAGAAGUGGUAUGACAAAAUCGAUGAAGAGGACUCCAUGGAGGACAGGAGAAAGAUGCACAUGUUCAUCGCACGUUAUUGUGACCUGCUCAAUGUUGUCAUCUCCUGUGACGGCUGCGAGAGGAUGGCUCCCUGGCACCGCUACCGAUGUCUGCAGUGCAUGGACAUGGACCUCUGCAAGACCUGCUUCCUCAGUGGUGCCAAGCCUGAGGGCCAUGAGGACGACCAUGAGAUGGUGAACAUGGAGUAUGCAUGUGACCACUGCCAGGGGCUCAUUGUAGGCAGCAGGAUCAACUGCAACGUCUGUGAAGACUUUGACCUGUGCUUUGGUUGUUACAAUGCAAAGAAGUAUCCCGACAGCCAUCUGCCCACCCAUCGGAUCACAGUCUACCCCAUGGUGACAAUACGAAUUAGUGACCGCCACCGCCUGAUCCAGCCCUACAUCCACAACUACUCCUGGCUUCUUUUUGCUGCUUUGGCUCUCUACACGUCAGAGCUUAGCAGUCAGAAGCAGAUGGAGGGCGAGUCUUUAGACAGCAACACCUUGAGCCAGGCCUCAUCUCUGCAGACACACUGCUCCCAGCUCAUCACUGACUGUUUGCUAAAGGGGCAGCCUGGAAAAGGUCUUCGUUCCUCAGCCUUGCUCGCCCUGCUGUCGCCCAAUGAAUCGUCUUCUGACAGUGAGCUGUGUCCUGUCUCUCCGGAGUCCUCUCAGGAGCUCAGCACAGCCACUGACACCUCCUCUCUCCCCGGCAACACCGCAGCCAUCUGCUCCCUAACAUCUCCCAGGGACACAAUCAAACCAUCAGGGAAGGAGAAUAAAACAAAGGAGUUGGGCUCUCCCCCCCCUGUUCCUUCAGAGAUGUCGUCCCCACCAGGCACUGCAGAGGGGGAGAAAAUGAAGCUGGUUACCCAAGACACGCUGGACUCCCCCAGCCUCAGUCAGACCCCCUCUGUGUCCAGCGAGGACCCCCUCUCUCCUGUGUUGCAUGCUUCAGAGCCUGAUUCAGGAACAGUCACUUCUCCAGCAGCUGAAGUUGUCAAGGGGACUGAGAGGCUCCCCCCAGUUCUCCUUCAGGAGCAUGUGUUUUCAGAGUGCUCCAGAGAGAGGAUCCUGGGACUACUAUCAGCCAUGCUGCCCCCUGCCAUACCAGGCAGCACCCUGUCUCUGCCCAGUCUGAACUCCAUCCUGCCCAAGCUCUUCAGGGCGGUCAUUUCCAAUGCUGGCUCUCUGAACGAGACGUACCACCUCACCCUGGGGCUGCUGGGUCAGCUGCUGCUCCGAAUCCCUCCGAUGGAGUCCGACUCUGCCGUUACUGAGGCUCUGGCUGACAAAUAUGACUUGUUAACACAAGCAGAGGCAACCAGUUCAGACAUCCAGGGCUGGAAGACCACCCAGCUGCUGUUCAGCCUCGGAGCCGUCUGUUUAGACAGUCGUAUUGGUCUGGAUUGGGCGUGCACAGUGGCAGAUAUCUUACACAGUCUGAAUGCGUGUCCUGAGUGGAGCACAGUCAUCGCUGCCUUCACGGACCACUGUAUUCAGCUGCUGCCACAAACUCUCAAACGCACCAACCUCUUCACCCUGCUGGUGCUGGUGGGCUUCCCUGAGGUGCUGUGUGUGGGCACCCAAACAGUGUUCAUCGACAACGCCAAUGAACAGCACAACAUGAUCCUGCUCAAACACUUCACAGAGAAGAACCAUGCUGCAGUGGUGGAUGUUAAGACACGAAAGAGGAAAACAGUGAAGGACUACCAACUGAUCCAGUCUCUGGACUCCACUGCAGCCGGUCUCCCCGGGCAGUCAGAGGGCGACGGCAGCACUAAGACCCUCCUCAGCCGCUACCUGAGGAACUUCACCUCCAUCAUCAGCCACUUGCUGCAGAACAGCCAGGACAACGGCUCUCCUGAUGCUGUGGAGGCAUCCUGGGUUCUCUCCUUGGCCCUCAAAGGCCUCUACAACACACUGAAGAAACAUGGAGUAGAGCACGCUCAGGAGGACAUCCAGGAGUCAGGCCUGACGCAGCUGCUGGUGAGGAAGUGCAGCAAAGGGACCGGCUUCACCAAGCUGUGGUUGCUGCGAGACCUGGAGAUCCUCUCCAUCAUGCUCUACUCCUCCAAGAGGGAGAUCCACUCCAUGGCCCAGGACCCAGAGCGGGACCAAAGAGAGCAGGACAAAGAGCACGACUCGGACCACUCCAGCUGCUGUGCCGACGAGACCGACGUCAGCAACAAGCCCGACCCCUUAGAGGGGCUCGAUGAGGAGACAAAGAUUUGCUUCCAGAUCACACACGAUGCCUUAAACGCCCCUCUCCCCAUCCUGCGAGCCAUGUAUGAGCUGCAGAUGAAGAGAACCGAUUCCUUUUUCCUGGAGGUGCAGAAGAGAUUUGACGGAGAAGAGAUAAAAACAGAUGAAACAAUCCGGACGCUGGCUCAGAAGUGGCAGCCUGGCAGGCGGCCUCGCUCCGAGGAGAGGAACACCAAGGCUGUGGACACUGACAUGAUUGUGGUGUCAUGCGUGUCCAAACCCAGCCACUGUGAAAAGGCCACGGAGGAGAUCAACGUUGUGGCCCAGAAGCUCAUCACAAAUUCUGAGAACGACCUGCAGCUCAGCUACGCCAAACAGCGGCGCACCAAAAGUUCAGCUCUCCUGCACAAGGAGCUGGACGUCCGCAGCAAUCGAGCAGUUCGUCAAUACCUGGUGAAGGUCAACCAGGCCAUCGCCACGCUGUACGCCCGCCACGUGCUGGCCUCGCUGCUGGCCGACUGGCCCGCCGACGCAGCACUGAGCGAGGAGGCCCUGGAGCUGAACGGCGCCUCGCACAUGGCCUACAUCCUGGACAUGUUGAUGCAGCUGGAGGAGAGGCCGCUCUGGGAGAAGAUUCUCCAGAGGGUGCUGAAGGGUUGCAGCCAGAGUAUGCUGUGCAGUCUGUCCCUCACUGCCUGCCAGUUCAUGGAGGAGCCAGGCAUGGCUGUGCAGAUCAGAGAGUCCAAACACCCAUACGACAACAACACCAACUUUGAGGACAAGGUGCACAUCCCAGGAGCCAUCUACCUGUCAGUGAAGUUUGACUCCCGCUGCUACACAGAGGAAGGCUGUGAUGAGCUCCUCAUGUCCAGCAGCAGUGAUUUCCUCCAGGACGUCCACAACUUCAGUGGCUCCCCUCAGAAAUGGUCGGACUUUGAGAUUCCUGGUGAUACCCUGUACUACAGGUUUAUGUCAGACAUGAGCAACACAGAGUGGGGCUACAAGUUCACCGUUACAGGAGGGCACAGAGGACGUUUCCAGACAGGUUUUGAGAUACUGAAGCAGAUGUUAGCAGAUGACCAAGUGCUCCUUCACCUGCCACUGUCUGACAUCUGGGAGUGGCAGGUGGGCGUGGCCUGCCGUCAGACUGGGAACCAGCGACUCAAAGCCAUUCACCUGUUGCUCCGCCUCCUGCAGUGUCAGUCACAGACGGCCGGUGAGCUGACGCUGCUGCGCCCUCUGUGGCAGCUGUUCAUGUCCAUGGAGAACACUCUGAGCCAGGACCCCACCAGCAUCACCGUGCUGCUGCCUCUUCACCGAGCCCUCACUGAACUCUUCUUCGUCGCAGAGGCCAGAGCCAUUGCGCAGGGGAUCCUCCAGGAGUAUUUGUUGGCCAUGACCACUGACGAGCAGCUCCUCAAUCACACUGCAAUGGCUCUGAAGAACAUCGCUGCCAUCAGCCUGGCUAUCAGUUACCCCAACAAAUCUACCAAGCUGCUCAACGUGUCCCCCUGAGAGCUCCACCGAGAGGAUGGAGGAGAACGACCUGAAGGGGACACAUCCUGACACAGCAGGUCCACUUUGAACAUUGGCGGAGGGGUGAGGGAGGAGACCCUCCCCGACCAUCCAGUGCUUUCCUUGUAAAGGACGACCCUCCAAUCCGGUAACUCUCUGCAGCACUCUGGACAGGAGCUGUGGAGGGGUUCUCAAAGAGCACUUUCCACAUUUACUCACAAUCCUUUUUGCCUUAGGUGAAUCCAGUAUCAGCAUGUGCAUUCACUGAAACAUGAACAAUUGCGGGGUCUUUUUUUUUUUAGUUAUACUUGAAGAAGCCGUGCUAAAGGACAUGAAGUGUGCCAAAUUCGAGACCUUCAAGGGGAGGUUUAUUAGUUUUUCUCCUGCCUUGGCUCCUCCUUAAACAGCUGGGUUUCAUAGUUGAUCAUGGUGAAAACAGGUCACCAUGGCGACUCUCAUGUCUCAGUGGACAUGAAGAGCAUCCUAAAAAUACUGUCCAGGCCAGUGGAGUGUCAUUAGUCACCAUGGGGAGAAAGUGCUGACCUACUAGCUCCUUCCUCUCUAUCCUUUUUUCUUUUCUUUUAUCUAUCCUUCCUCUCUACCCACCUUCUCUCCUUCAACGUCCCUUCUUUCCAUUUUUUUUUCAAAACAGAAGUAAAUUAGGUUUUUUUUUUAAGGGAAUGAUCAGAAAUUUGUCACAGAUAUUGGAAAAAUAGGUCUGAUAUGUGCAUUAAGAUCGGCCGACCAGGAUUAGGAUGAGAUUCAAAUAGCCAUAAUGUUUGCAUAGGAUGAGAAUUGACAUUAAAGCUGAGGGAAAACUGUGAUAAAAUAAUAUUGCAAUGCAUUCCUUCAUGUAAUUGAAUCAAGAGGUUGCUGUAUUUUCACUAGUGAGUGAAUUAAAUACCAUUAUGAUGUCAAAUGAUGUUCACGAAAAUGAACAGCAGCAAAAAUAAUGUAAUUUAGAAACCGGCAACUCUUUAAGGCCUUUAGUUUAACCCCUGAUUUAUUUAUUCAUUGUCAUUAUUUUAUCUAACAUAAAAAAAGGGUUUUCACACCAGUUAUAGGAAUAAUAUCACGCUGUAGUGUCACACCAUCUUGCCCCCAUACCUUGUGUAUCGUGAUGAACACUGGUGUCAUUCAGAAACAUGUAUAGCUGAUUCCCACAGGUGGUUGACCCCUCACAUCACUUCAAAAACUCUUGUUACGAAUUGACAAAACUGUAAAAUAAACACAUUAUCCCACUUAUUCACAAGCAACUCAUCUCAUAUUUUGUAAGCUGAAAAUGGAUUAAUACUGAAUUACCUCAUCUUUUGUAAUUACAGAGUUCCUAAAUGUUUAAUGUGGCUUUCAAUCACAUUACACUAACACCACCUUUUAUUAAGAUCCACCUGUAGCCACUUCCACCAAAAUAAGUCAUGUGCUUUCAUGUUAAACAAAGGCAUCAAGUUGUGUAUGUUGACUAAUCUGAACUUAAGUUUUAAAGAGAGUUGAUGGGGGUGGAUUUCCAAUCAUUACUGUACUCAUUUCAAAUGAAGAAAUCAUUUUAGUUGUAGGGAAGCCAUGGUGGUUUAUACCAAAGAAACCAAUCAUUGUGAGCCGUGAAACAUCCCGGAAAGAGCUCCAUGUAGAGUUCCUUCCUUUUGUCACAUAUCAGAGGAAACCUUUAAAGUUAGUUUUUUUAUUUUAUACUUUUAUUUUUGAAAUGGUCCCUUGGAGGACCGUAGAAUAGCUCGGUGGUUUUGUUUACACAAACAUCAGCUGCAGUGAGGAGGGAGGAGGAGAUACUCUGUUGGGCUUUUACGACGCCUCACCUAUCUACUACGUGCCUAUGGUUAAAAAUGAAGCAAUCAUAAUUUAACUCAUGUUAGCCGAAUAGUUAUUAAUUCUAUUUUAAAAGAGAGAUAUAUUGUUUGAUUUGAAGUUUUGUGUAACUUUUUACUUUUAAUGUUUCUUUUGUUCCGCGAGGAUGCUUGAUGUUCGAGGCUGACUAAUUUGAAUGUACAUAUCUGUGAAUAUUAAUUGCACAGUAUAUAAAGACUUUGAUAUCAACCCCUUACAAACAUAAACGUUAUCGGGCACUAACAGACGGACACUUUGAUUCUGAUUUUGUAUGCAUGGCACAUUGAAGGUAAAAACAACACCACGUUCUGCUUGGGUUGGACAUGUGUUCCGUUUCUAAUAAAAAUAGAAAUGACUUGAA